AUGUCGGGCAGCAGAACUUACCCAGAGCAAGAACAGUGUCUUAGCAUGGCCAAUAUGUUCUUCUUCCAGUAUAAAUACACUUUUCCCGACAUCUCCCUGAAUAAUGAGAAAACCCUGCCAGAAACUAGCUAUCCCAACCAGACAACGCGGCUGCCGCCGAUAACCUACACGGGGCGCUUCUCCCUGGAGCCGGCCCCCAACAGUAGCAACACCCUGUGGCCGGAGCCCCUCUUCAGCCUGGUCAGUGGGCUGGUGGGCAUGGCGAACCCACCUCCCACCUCUACGCCUUCUUCAUCAUCACCAUCCUCCUCCUCGCAGAGCCCUCCUCUGAGCUGUUCUGCCCAGGCCAGCGAGAGCAGUCCAAUUUAUUCAGCUGCACCAACUUUUCCCAACUCUAGCUCUGACAUUUUCCCUGAACCACAGACCCAGUCCUUUUCUAAUCCCCCUGGAGCCCCCAUCCAGUAUCCGCCUCCAGCUUAUCCGACUGCUAAAACCAACUUUCAGGUGCCAAUGAUCCCGGAUUACCUGUUCCCUCAGCAACAGGGUGAGCUCAGCAUUGUCCCAGCUGAUCAGAAGCCCUUUCCAACCCUUGAGACCAGAGCACAGCAGCCUUCCCUCACACCGUUGUCCACUAUUAAGGCAUUUGCUACCCAGACCGGCUCACAAGAGCUGAAGACUCUCAACACUAACUAUCAGUCCCAGCUGAUCAAGCCCAGCAGGAUGAGGAAAUACCCCAACCGCCCCAGCAAGACCCCUCCUCAUGAACGGCCUUAUGCCUGCCCGGUGGAGUCCUGUGACCGGAGGUUUUCACGGUCCGAUGAGCUGACUCGGCACAUCCGCACACACACAGGGGAGAAGCCAUUUGCCUGUGACAUUUGUGGUAGAAAGUUUGCCAGGAGUGAUGAGAGGAAGAGACACACUAAAAUCCACCUUAGGCAAAAGGACAAGAAAGUGGAAAAGACAGCACCAGUCUCAACUGCUUCCCCAAUUCCUGCCUACUCGUCCUCUGUGGCCACAUCCUACCCUUCCUCCAUUGCCACUACUUACCCCUCCCCGGUGCGCACAGUGUAUUCUUCCCCUGCCCCCUCUUCCUAUCCCUCCCCUGCACACACCACCUUCCCAUCUCCCUCUAUAGCAACAACUUACCCCUCAGGCACUGCCACUUUUCAGACCCAAGUGGCUACCUCCUUCCCAUCGCCAGGGGUCACCAACAAUUUCAGCUCACAAGUGACCUCAGCACUUUCAGAAAUGACAACAACCUUUUCUCCAAGGACAAUUGAGAUUUGCUGAGCGCUCCUUCUGGAACAGGAGUGUUCACCUCUUCCAUCGGUACUAUCAGACAUGGAGUCUCCGAUUACUCCCCAACACCAUACGUAGCAAGGCUGCCUAACUUUUCUUUAAACUUCAGCUGCCUGAAACAGCUGCUGUUUAAGUUUUCCACCUCUGUCAAAUGACUUGCAUGGACUGUGGAUAUAAGUUCAGUAUAAUUUUCCCCGUAAACAAUACUCUUUUAGUAGGAAGAAAGGACCUUUGAUUAAGUACAUUGCUGAUGUAAAUUGUACAUGUGCCAUGGUUUUGCUUUCCUUUACGUACUAUUGAUGUGAAAAAAAAUCUUUGCAUAUCCACAUUGUAUUAUUUGGAGUUUGCAGGGCCAUAUUUUGUAAAUGUUAAUUCUAUUUUAGUGACAAUGCUGUAAUGAAUUUCAAACUUCUUUGGGAACAGUACUUACUGUGUUUGAGCAUGUUAGAGUGAUGCUAUGUACAUAUCACCUGAUGAGACACUCACAUGUGGCAGAAGUUUUUGUUUUUAAAGUUACAAGUCUUGGUGCCUUUUUGUGAAGCCUUGCUGACGUCAUGCAUUUAUGUGAAUGGAUGCUUUGCAUCUUGCCUUAAAUUGAAAGGGAUGUUACUCAAAGAAUGUAUGGGAGAACAUGGGAUGGGGGGGGAGGGGAGCACAAGGAAGCUCUGGGGGACAGAAUGUAAGCAAAAAAAAAAAACUCUCAAAGUUUAUUUUUGUUACAAAAAAUGUAAAUUUAUAUAUAUAUAUAUAUAUAUAUAUUCAGGAGUUGGAAUGUUGUAGUUACCUACUGAGUAGGCAGCAAUUUUGUAUGUUAUGAACAUGCAGUUCUUUAUUUUGUGGUUUAUUUUUACUUUGUAAUUGUGUUUGUUUAAAUGAAAGUGACUGUUUGGCUUCUAAACACAUUGAAUGCGCUUUCCUGCCAAUGGGUUAUUUGGUGUACAAUACCCUUCAGAAAAAAAAUAAAUAAAAUAUCAAAUCAUGCAAACUUU